CCAGAAGAGACCCAGGGAUAUGCAGCAACGCUGGUUGCGCGUUUUCUCGAAGACUGCAUUCAAUAUAUCAAGUACGGCAGUUCAAGAGGAGUCGUCUCCGUGUUCGGGUUGCUGACAGGUCUGAUCAAUCACGCCUGCUCGCCUAAUGCAGUUCUGCGAGUUGAAGAUGUCGGACAGGUACAACUUCAGGACGAUACUCCGCCGAAACUCGUCGUUGUCAACCUCACUGUCUGCAAAACAGUCAGGAAAGGAGAUGAAAUCACUGUUUCUUACAUAUGGGGUGUUUCGCCAGGAGCUGGCCACCACCGUGCAGAACUCUUACACAAUUAUAAGUUCCAAUGCAAGUGCGACUCUUGUUUUCGUGAGUGCCAUGCGAAUUCCCUGUCCGGCGCAAGAGAUGCAGUUUACGAAUUGCUUUAUGAGCUCAAGCAGGCUCGAGAUGGUCUGUUGGUGUUUCCUCUCCAACUCACGUGUAAUAUGACUCGAUGGAUCAUUGACGGUAGCGAAGAGCUCAACUAUUUCAAUCCGGAAAUCCUGGAAGCUCUCCACAGCUGCUUCAUGUACAAUGUGGACAUCGAUGACCAUUUGCGUGCGAGCUACUUCUUUCGUGCAAAGCUCGAAAUGAUCAAGACCUACUUGUCGUCUGAAGACCGGGCAUACGUCGAUGCCGAAGCACGGUUCCGAGAUACUUACACUGAAUGGAACGCACCAGAAGUCUGUGAGCUUUCCCAACGCCUUUACUACAUCGACGACAAUGACGUAAUCGACAAGAUUUACAUGUUGAAGCCCAAUUUGAAUGACAAUGCGCUAAAGAGGGCAUCAAAGGCCACAAAUGGAGCGACCAAUGAAUGCUGCCCACUUCACGUUCUCGCUGAUGUUGCACUCGAGGAUUCUACCGUCGCCGCUAAGAGACAGCUCAAGCCAGACACCGGAUCCAAGCAGGACAGACCUAUGAAGCAGGAGCUACGAGCUCUCAAAGUCAAGAAUGAAAUCGCGCGUGUGGAAGCAGCAAAGAAAAAGAAGAGAAAGUCCGCUGUUGCCCGUUCUCGUCGGGUUCAGCAUCGAAAGUUCGACGACGAUGCUCUUCCCGUCGUAUCUGGCGAUGAAGACCUCGCUACUGAAUCUGCCACUGCCCUUCGGGAAUCUUGUGCUUACCAUGUUGGAGAAGUGGUCAUGGACGAAAUGAACGAAGUUGCUGCUGUCGAGAGCGACAAAGCUGCUUCUCUGUCCUUACCUGCAGCAUUGAAUUCGGUGUCAGGUGUAGAAUAUGCCUGGUCCAGUCUGUGGGUCUCCUCUUUCGCUGCUAAAGAUAGUCUCUCUAAGCAGGCUUGGUGCUCCUCACAGCUACUCCAAGAGAUGAUGCCCUUUGCACCUCGGGACGUUGAGCACUUGCUCGCAUCGAAAGAUGGGCUGGGCUCAAAGAAUGACGGCUUUGGUCUGAAGAUGCGUCGGGAUUCUUGCUGUGGACGUGUGGAGGGAACCAAGAAGUUCUUGGACCUAGAGGAGGUGUUUGGUGCCAGGAAGAGAGCACAUACCUUCGGGAAUGAUGCUGGCAAGAAGGAUUUGUUGAAGGAGGUCGAAGUGUAA